AUGGCUCUGAUGGAUCAGAAGGCAGCAUUGCGAAAGAGAGUCGGAGAGGAGCUGAAGAAGCUUGACUCAAGUCAGAUCGAAAGACAAUCGGCCAUCAUCACCGAGCACGUGCUGCGCUUGCCGGCUUAUCAAAAUGCGAAGGCAGUGGGCAUAUUCCUGUCGAUGCCUGGCAGGGAAGCUUCGACUCGAGAUAUUGUUCUACAUGCACUCGACAGUGGGAAGUCGGUUUUUGUACCUUACCUGCAUGCAGGGGAGACCCCAAAGACAAAGGUAAUGGACAUGCUGCAGUUACAAGACAAGAACGAUUUUCUUUCGUUAAGCCCUGAUGCUUGGGGCAUUCCGUCACUCUCCAAAGAUUCGGUCGAAAGGAGAAGAAAUGCUCUUGGUGGAUAUGGCAUCUUAAAUCACUCUUCGGGAGACCAACAAGACCCUCCAGGUCUGGAUCUAGUGUUCAUGCCGGCGGUAGCUUUCGAUCAGUCUCACCGUCGCCUUGGCCAUGGCAAAGGCUUCUAUGACCGCUAUCUCUCCAGAUAUAAAGACAUUCUCAGUGGGAGCCAAAGUGGACGGCCAAUGCCACUCUUGGUAGGGAUUGCCCUUCGCCAACAAGUUCUGCCUCCAGGCGAGACGAUCCCUGCAGACGAGCAUGACUGGACAGUCAAUCAAAUAGUGGUUGCUGAUGUAGAGUGA